GUGACAAUGCAUGAUCGGCCUGAGGACGCUCUGGAAUCUGGAUCCAGGCUCAGGCUAUAGCUACUCGGUUUACGAGCCCAUUAAUACCCCAUGUACCAUCUUCCAGCAUAAUCUGUUCAAAUGUCAGACGAAAGUACCGGAAACGAUGUUUCUGCUGCGGUAGCAUCAAAACCGGAUCCACCUUCACCUCUCGAUACUCUACUUUCCCCAAAGGGUCCAACAUACGACGAGCUUUCCCCAAGAGGAUCUGUCGCGGAGUCCGACUAUAACGAUGUAAUCCUUGAUGACGAUCCAAGCUUCUCAACCGUUUCGCUCUCAGAAAAUACCAGCCUUGUCACCGAAGCAGGCACGGACGAUCCGCUUCCGAAGCUGAGCCGCAGGACAACUAUUUCAUCGACACCCUCAAAAGCUUUUUCUUCUUUACGUCAUUUCUCACAUAAGAAGUCUGCUUCGACGAUAACAAUACCAUCUGCUCCUGGAAAUAAUAUCCUUGCGCGCAUCGGAUCACAGGGUACCCGCGAUGAAGACAGUAUAGAAGCAUUGCGGAGUGCUGGAGAAGGGCAGCAGAAGCUUCACGAAGAGUUUUUGCGCCUUCAUAAUGAGCGACGUGCUGAGGCAACAGAAUCUGAACAGGGAGGCAUAGACUGGGGUUUCUGGGGAGCCGUCGUUUCAGAUUAUCAGGGUUUCGCAGCCUCGAAUCCCCAAAAACUAGCCAAAGCGAUCGAGAAAGGGAUUCCGGAUACGCUUCGUGGAAUGAUGUGGCAAUUAAUGGCAGCGUCAAAGAACGCUGAACUAGAGAAUACAUACCUUUCACUCCUCAAGGAGUCCAGUCCUCAUGAAAAGGCAAUCACGCGAGAUCUCGGAAGAACCUUUCCUCACCACGAAUUCUUUACCGAUGGACAGGGCAUCGGCCAAGAACAUCUUUUUAACGUUCUUAAAGCAUACUCAUUGUAUGACCCUCAGGUUGGUUAUUGUCAAGGUCUUCCUUUCGUUGUAGCGGUACUCCUUCUCAAUAUGCCAGAUGAAGAGGCCUUCUCGCUCCUCGUGAGGUUGAUGCACUCUUAUGAUCUCCGGGGUCAUUUCCUCCCAGAGAUGCCUAAACUGCAGCUCCGGCUUUACCAGUUCGAUCGAUUGAUAGAAGAACUACUACCCGUGCUCCACGUUCAUUUCCUUAGACAAGGCAUUAAAUCUAGCAUGUUCUGCUCGCAGUGGUUUCUAACGCUCUUCAGCUAUCGAUUCCCACUAGAAAUUGUAGUCCGGAUAUACGACAAUUGUUUGGCCAGUGGUAUAGAAGCCAUCUUUGCAUUCAGCAUCGUGCUACUCCAGAAGAAUGAAGACGAAUUACUUACACUCAAGUUUGAUGAUAUCCUCGCGUUUAUAAAGAACAAGAUUUUUGAUCGGUACAAGGUCGAGCCUUUGGAAUCACCUGAAGACCAUAUCACCGAUUCCGAUAAGAGCGUUAAAUAUGAUGUGGAUGCGUUCGUGCUGGAUGCCAUCUCUAUGAAGAUCACGCCAUUCAUGUUGGACACUUACUCACACGAGUAUGAGGACCUUGUUCGGACCCGAGAUGCACACGCGACCGAGAUUGAUACGUUACGAAACAACAAUCGCAGCCUGUCUGCGCAAGUGAAAGAACUUGAUGCGAAUAUGGCGCAAUUAAAUGCAGAGCAUGUCGAAAUCCUUAACCAGCUUGUAAUGGCUCGGCUACGAAACGAAGAGCUUGAGGAAGAAUUGGUUAGAUACAAACUCCUUUACGCCGAGGCCAUGCACGAGAAUCAGGACUCCUUAUCAUCUCAUCGCUUGUCAUCUCCUCGGGCUAGCAGAAAGGGAAGUCGCCACUUAUGAUACAGACUCCACAGGACA